AUGGAGAACCUCAUAUCACUCGUGAACCGGUUGCAGCGAGCGUGCACGGCGCUCGGAGAUCACGGCGAAGAGAACACGUUGCCCACUCUCUGGGACGCUUUGCCUUCCAUCGCCGUCGUUGGUGGUCAGAGCUCGGGGAAAUCCUCAGUACUUGAAAGUGUUGUUGGAAAGGACUUUUUACCGCGUGGAUCUGGUAUUGUCACUCGGCGUCCACUUGUUCUGCAACUUCAUCGGAUUGAUGAGGGUAGAGAAUAUGCAGAAUUCGGACAUCUCCCGAGGAAAAGAUUUACUGAUUUUGCUGCCGUGCGGAAGGAAAUAUCUGAUGAAACUGAUAGAGAGACAGGGCGUACUAAGCAAAUUUCUACAGUCCCAAUAUAUCUUAGUAUAUAUUCGCCUAAUGUUGUGAAUUUGACAUUAGUUGAUCUUCCCGGACUUACAAAAGUGGCUGUUGAGGGUCAGCCAGAUAGUAUUGUGAUGGAUAUUGAGAACAUGGUUCGGUCUUAUAUUGAGAAGCCGAACUGUAUUAUCUUGGCAAUUUCUCCUGCCAACCAAGAUCUUGCAACAUCAGAUGCAAUUAAGAUUUCUCGAGAAGUGGACCCUAAAGGAGAGAGAACAUUUGGAGUUUUAACAAAGAUUGAUCUUAUGGACAAGGGUACGGAUGCUGUGGAUAUUUUGGAAGGCAGAGCUUAUAAGCUGCAGUUCCCAUGGAUUGGCGUCGUUAACCGUUCUCAACAAGACAUUAACAAAAAUGUAGACAUGAUUGCUGCAAGACGUAGGGAGAGGGAAUAUUUUGCGCAGACCCCAGAAUACAAGCAUCUGGCUCACAGAAUGGGUUCUGAGCAUCUCGGGAAAGUCCUCUCGAAACAUUUGGAAGCUGUUAUCAAAUCACGAAUUCCAGGUCUUCAGUCACUAAUCAACAAAACCAUCAUUGAGCUGGAAUCGGAGUUGAGUCGUCUGGGGAAGCCCAUUGCAACAGAUGCUGGAGGAAAGUUGUACAUGAUCAUGGAAAUCUGCCGUAUAUUCGAUGGAAUAUUCAAAGAGCAUCUUGAUGGAGUUCGGCCAGGUGGCGAUAAAAUUUAUAAUGUUUUUGAUAACCAACUGCCUGCCGCAUUGAAGCGCUUGCAGUUUGACAAACAUCUUGCUAUGGAAAACGUGCGGAAGUUAAUCACCGAAGCUGAUGGAUAUCAGCCCCAUCUUAUAGCGCCCGAGCAGGGUUACCGUCGUCUUAUAGAAACUGCCUUAAUUACCAUUAAAGGUCCUGCCGAAGCAGCUGUUGAUGCGGUUCAUGCAAUACUGAAGGAGCUAGUUCACAAAUCAAUUAAUGAGACUGUGGAGCUGAAGCAGUACCCUUCCCUCAGGGUAGAGGUUGGAAAUGCUGCUGUUGAAGCAUUAGACAGGAUGAAAGAAGAAAGCAGGAAGGCAACCUUACAGCUUGUUGAAAUGGAAAAUAGUUACCUAACCGUAGAUUUCUUCCGGAAGCUUCCUCAGGAUGUCGAGAAGGGUGGCAACCCAACCCAUUCAAUUUUUGAUAGAUACAAUGACACGUACCUGCGCAGAAUUGGGUCCACGGUCCUGUCUUACGUCAACAUGGUGUGUGCGAGUUUGAGGAAUUCCAUUCCAAAAUCUGUUGUUUAUUGUCAAGUUCGCGAGGCGAAGCGGGGCUUGCUAGAUCAUUUCUUUGCGGAAUUAGGCAAGAAAGAGGGUAAGCAAUUGGGAAAAUUGUUGGACGAGGACCCUGCAAUUAUGCAGAGACGUGUUUCUCUUGCAAAGAGAUUGGAAUUGUACAAAGCUGCUCAGGCAGAGAUCGACUCGGUAGCUUGGUCGAAAUAA